AUGGUAAUGUAUGCGAGGAAACAACCGAGACUCGGCGAUGGGUGCGACCGAAGAGAUUCUCAGCCCUAUCAGACUCUCAAAUACUCAUCUAAGAGCCAUCCAGGUGGAGAUCACCGACAUGAAAAAAUGCGAGACCACUCAGAUGUCACUCCUCCCUGCAAAGUGCUCCGGAGGUCUGACAGCCCAGAAAACAAACACGGUGACAGCACUGGGCACAGCAGAGCCAAGGCUGUCCAUGCACACAGGGCCAGAGAUCGCGAUGGAGGGACCAGUUAUUCGCCACAUGAAAAUUCUCACAACCACAGUACCCUUCAAAGUUCCAACUCACAUUCAACCCCCAGCAAAACCUCUGACACAACUCACGAACCAGGUGAUGACUGGUCUGAGCACAUCAGCUCAUCUGGGAAGAAAUACUAUUACAACUGCCGAACAGAGGUGUCCCAGUGGGAGAAACCCAAAGAAUGGCUGGAGAGAGAACAGCGACAAAAAGAGGCAACAAAACAGACUGCACUCGUCAACAGUUUCCCCAAGGACAGAGACUAUAGAAGGGAGGCAAUGCAGACAUCGGUGCCUCCUGCAUUUUCAGCAACAAAGUCAGCACAGGCCGAGAAGUCCACAACAACUCAUGUGACCCAGUCGUCAUCUUCUGGGUCGGGGAGUUUAAAUCCCUCAUCGGGCACCCCAGGCACAUCAUCAUCCUCCACAGUCCCUGUAUCCCCAGUGUUGCAGUCACCAGCCCCGCCGCUUCUCCAAGAUCCUACUUUGUUACGCCAGCUUCUUCCAGCACUUCAGACUGCCCUCCAACUUAAUAAUGCCAGUGUGGACAUGGCAAAAAUUAACGAAGUUUUGACAGCUGCUGUCACACAAGCGUCAUUACAGUCGAUGCUUCAUAAGAUACUCACUGCUGGACCAUCAGCUUUCAAUAUUACUACUAUUCUCUCUCAAGCAGCUCAACUCUCCAGCCAAGCUCAGCAGUCGAACCAGUCACCAAUGUCGUUAACGUCAGACGCAUCAUCGCCCAGAUCCUACGUUUCUCCUCGUAUCAGCACACCGCAAACAAAUGCCGGUCCCCUCAAACCCCUCCUCAGCACACAGCCGGUCAUCUCACUCUCAAAGGUGAGCACGCCAACAGUCAAGCAGUCGUCUCAUUCCCAGCAAAUAUCCCAGCAACCCCUCCCUGGUGAUAAGCAGCACACACAUGAUGCUACCACAGCAUCACCACGCAAUCUACAGCGCCAAGGCAGUCAAAGAAGUCCCUCUCCAGGCGGUAACCAUGUUGCACCUGGCAGCAGCAGUAAUGCACCUUCAUCUGCCUCUGCUACACCCACCUCAACAACCCGGCCCUCCUGCUCUUUCACACCCACCCUUGCCGCUCAUUUCAACGAGAAUCUUAUCAAGCAUGUCCAAGGUUGGCCUGCUGAGCACGCAGAGAAACAGGCGUCAAGAUUACGUGAAGAGGCACACACGAUGGGCAGCAUUUGCAUGUCUGAGAACUGCACAGAGCUCAAAAACCUGCGUUCCCUGGUCCGAGUCAGUGAAAUACAAGCCACGUUGCGCGAGCAAAGGAUCCUAUUUCUAAGACAGCAAAUCAAAGAACUUGAAAAGUUGAAGAAUCAGAAUUCCUUCAUGGUCUGA